AUGGAGGGCCAGACCUCUUCCAAUCCCGCCCCCGCUGGGAACUCUAGCGACUUUGUACGCAAAUUAUACAAAAUGCUGGAGGACCCGACCUACGCGUCGAUUGUACGCUGGGGCGACGAAGGAGAUAGCUUCGUGGUCUUGGAGUGCGAGAAAUUCACCAAGACCAUCCUACCGAAACACUUCAAGCACAGUAACUUUGCCAGUUUUGUACGCCAACUGAACAAGUACGAUUUCCACAAGGUUCGCCAAAACAACGAGGAAAAUGGCCAGUCGCCAUACGGGCAGAAUGCGUGGGAAUUCAAGCACCCUGAAUUCCGGGCGAACAGCAAAGAGUCUCUCGAUAACAUUCGCCGAAAAGCACCGGCGCCGCGGAAACAGACCCAGACUAACGAUGACUCCGUGCCUACCCAACAAAUCGACCUGCUCAACCAGCAGAUCGUCGCCCAACAACAGCAGAUCCAGCACCUCUCCGACCGCUAUGCCCAACUCACAGUCGAUCAUCAGCUGAUGCUACAGGAGGUGAUGCGGGUACAGAAAACAGUUCUGAAUCACGAAAAUGUCAUCCACCAGGUGAUGGCGCACCUGCUCACGGUGGAUCGCCAGCGUCGGGGGGACAACAAGGCCGCCGCGUUCCAAGCCGGCACAAACAUGAGCCCAUCCCAAGUGGGAGCCGUGGAUGACGAUCCGUCUUCCCCACUGCAGAAUGCGUCGAAGCUGUUGAGCGACAUGAAUGCCGAAAUGCAAUUCAACAUGAGUGGCGUCGACUCGAUGAAUGAACCCCCCAAAGCCGGAGUCGUUUCAACACCUACAAUGGACCCAAAUUCCCGAAAUGGAUCCAUUCGCACAUCGACAACUGCGCCCGCUAACCAAGCACUCGUUUACCCGAAGAUGGCUGGCGACCUAGAGCAAGUGGUCUACCCGGUCGGCGCCACCAACGGCAUCGAUCCCAUGUACAGCGAGCACAUCAAUAAUGUUCCCUACCCCAUGCCGGCUAAGCAGGAUAUCGAUACUUCAGAUGCUCGUCGGCAGUUUGCUGAUAACCGCAAGAAGAGCACGAAUGUGGACCCUGGCUGGGUGCGCAGCCCGCAGAUCCUCCUGGUUGAGGACGACUCGACUUGCCGGCAGAUUGGUGGCAAAUUCCUCUACUCUUUCAAUUGCGUGAUUGACAGCGCGUUUGAUGGUCUGGAAGCUGUGAAUAAAAUCCAAGGCGGCUCCAAAUACGACCUUAUUUUGAUGGAUAUUAUCAUGCCCAACCUGGAUGGUGUCUCCGCAUGCCAUUUGAUCCGCCAAUUCGACCGCACUCCUAUCAUUGCCAUGACCUCCAACAUUCGAAGUGACGACAUCCAGCUCUACUUCCAACAUGGCAUGGACGACGUUCUGCCGAAACCAUUCACUCGCAAGAGUCUCCUUGAAAUGUUGGAACGACACCUGGACCAUCUCAAGACCUCACCACGCGGUCCCAUGGACCAGGUACCACCAUCAGCCGCCGCAGUCACCAUGGCUGCCGCCCAAAACUCGGCCACUCAGUCAAUCAAGGAAGAUAGUUCCCCAGGCCAAUCGCCUGCAGGCUCCAUGAGCAACUGGCAAUCCCCCGGCCAAUUUCAAAACAUGCAAGCCGUUCCACAAAAUAUGCCUGCAGUGCAGGGCGCAUACGUCACAGCACCUCAAGCGGCAUACACCGUCGACCAAAACGGCAUCCAAUACCCAGCAGCGCCAGUCGCCGUGCCCACAGCCGGCCCCCCUCUCUCGGCCCCCUCAUCGCCGCCAAAUCUCAGACAUGUCCAGCGCAACAGAAAACCCCAACAUGCCCAAACGCCAACGGAUGUACCCACAGCCUCAACCCAUGCUUGCUGUGCAAGCAGGCCGUCCAGGCUGAUCUGA